AUGCCUGCUGCAGAAGGGAGACCGCGGACUCUCUACGAUAAGGUCUUUCAGGACCAUAUCGUGGACGAGAGACUCGAUGGCACGAUCCUGCUCUACAUCGAUAGACAUUUAGUUCAUGAAGUCACUUCACCGCAAGCCUUUGAAGGCUUGAAGAACGCAGGCCGGAAAGUCCGGCGGCCAGACUGUACUCUUGCCACGACCGAUCACAAUGUCCCCACAUCCUCUCGAAAAUCUUUCAAAAAUAUCGAAUCUUUCGUUGACGAGGAGGACUCGAAACUCCAAUGUAUGACCCUCGAGGAGAACGUCAAGGACUUCGGCAUCACAUAUUUCGGCCUCGGCGACAAACGUCAAGGCAUUGUCCACAUUAUCGGUCCUGAGCAGGGCUUCACCCUCCCCGGCACAACCGUUGUCUGUGGUGACAGCCAUACAUCUACCCAUGGCGCCUUCGGAGCUCUGGCUUUCGGUAUUGGCACGAGUGAGGUUGAGCAUGUCCUCGCCACGCAAACUCUCAUUACGAAGAGGAGCAAAAACAUGCGGAUCAAGGUCGAUGGACAACUCACUCCUGGUGUUAGUUCGAAAGACAUUAUCCUCCAUGCUAUCGGCAAGAUCGGCACGGCUGGCGGUACCGGUGCGGUCAUCGAGUUCUGCGGCUCUGCUAUUGAGGCCUUGAGCAUGGAGGCUAGAAUGUCGAUUUGCAACAUGUCGAUCGAGGGAGGUGCGAGAGCGGGUAUGAUUGCCCCCGAUGAGAUUACCUUCGAGUACCUCAAGGGCCGGCCAUUAGCACCGCAAUAUGGCUCAGAUGAGUGGAACAAGGCGGUUGCCUACUGGAAGAGCCUUAAAUCGGACCCGGGCGCCAAAUAUGACGUCGAUGUCUUGAUUGAUGCCAUAGAUAUCGCCCCUUCAGUUACGUGGGGAACUAGUCCCGAGGAUGUUGUGCCAAUAACUGGCACAGUCCCCGACCCGGAGACUUUCGCAACGAAGGAUAAGAAGGAGGCCGGCCGACGUAUGCUCGAGUAUAUGGGUCUCACAGCAGGGACACCUAUGGAGGAUAUCGUUCUCGAUAAGAUCUUCAUCGGGUCCUGCACCAAUGCUCGUAUUGAAGAUCUUCGGGCAGCAGCUUCCGUUGUCAAGGGUCGAAAAGUCGCCGCAAAUAUCAAGCGCGCCAUGAUUGUCCCUGGAUCCGGUCUCGUCAAGGACCGUGCGGAAUCCGAGGGUCUUGAUAAGAUCUUCCUCGAUGCCGGAUUCGAGUGGCGGGAGGCUGGAUGUAGUAUGUGUCUCGGCAUGAAUCCCGAUAUCUUGGCACCAAAGGAGCGUUGUGCCAGCACAAGUAAUCGAAACUUCGAGGGUCGACAGGGAGCUGGCGGACGCACACAUUUAGUUUCUCCAGUUACAGCUGCGGCUUGUGCGAUUGUUGGCAAACUCACUGAUGUCCGGAAGAUUGCCGACCAAAAUGCAACCCCUCGCCCGGCAUCACCAAAGCCCGUUGAGAUCAAAGCUCAUGUGGAUGAGAGAGCGGAGACCGACGACGACCAGCGACAAAAGAUUGCCGAUCAACCUGAAGAUUCCGUCGACGUUCCCCAUACCAACACCAUAGCCCCCCAUACCCCUAAAGGCCUUCCAAAGUUCACCAUUUGCAAAGGUAUCGCCGCCCCCCUAGAACGCGCCAACGUCGACACUGACGCCAUCAUCCCAAAACAAUUCCUCAAGACAAUAAAGCGCACCGGUCUCGGCUCGGCGCUCUUCUUCUCCCUCCGGUACAAUGCCGACGGUUCAGAAAAGCCGGAAUUCGUGCUAAACCAGGAGCCCUACCGCAAAUCCAAAAUCCUCGUAGUGACGGGUCCCAAUUUCGGCUGCGGAAGCUCGCGAGAGCACGCUCCUUGGGCACUCUUGGAUUUCGGAAUCACAUGCGUAAUUGCCCCUUCGUACGCCGAUAUCUUCUUCAACAACACGUUCAAGAACGGCAUGUUACCCAUCGCCAUCAGCUCCCCCACAGACAUGGAGACCAUUGCAGUGGAAGCGCGCGCGGGACGGGAGAUUGAAGUCGAUCUCCCCAAUCAGGUGAUCAAGACCGCGGACGGAACACGCAUUUGCGGGUUUGAUGUCGAGGAGUUCAGAAAGCAUUGCUUGGUCAAUGGCCUUGAUGAUAUCGGCUUGACCAUGCAGAUGGAAGAUAAAAUCCUCUCGUUCGAGGAGAAGAUGACGACGCAAACGCCUUGGUUGGACGGGCGAUCGUAUUUGAAGCGUGGCCGGAAUGGGAAGCUGGCUGUCAAAGCCGUUCCCGUGCCGAAGACUAAUAGGGGUGAGGAAAUCAAGGAGCCUUUGGAGUGGUAG